AUGAGUUCAUUGGAAGAGGAGGACAAAAUAUUGGCUACUGCUAGUCACACAAUCGACGGCAGACACUGUGAAGUCCGCAUUCCUGAGGAGAAGGCAGCGGAGGCGAUUCCAAGUGGAAAGCGCGUUGCACCACGGAGAUCCGAUAAAAUAUUUGUCGGUCGUAUUACACAAAAACUCACAGAGGAGACAUUGCGAGAAUUCUUCGACAAAGAAGUCUUAAAGUUAUUGUGGAGAAUCUGCAUUCGGGUGACUAGUGUCGUCAUUCCACAACCGUUUCGUAGUUUUGCUUUCGUUACAUUCACGCACUCGGAGGUCGCUGAAAGACUGAUCAGGUAUGUUUUCGUUUCUUAA